AUGUUUUGGGGAAGUUUUGUUUUGCUGCCAGCAGUCCUGGGGCCGUUGGUACAUGCCGCAAGACACUUUCUCGAGGAACCGGAUACGGGCCAUGCAUCUUUCUUCCAGAGCAUUACGAACGAGACUUCUUCGCUGCCAGAGUUGGAGGACAUUGCUACUUUAUAUGACUUUCAAUACGUAGCGCAGCAGCAUCUCAAUGAAACCUCCUACACUUACUACCGCAAUGGCGCCGGAGGGGAAUGGUCAUAUCGCAACAACCUCGAAGCAUUCCCACGCCUAAGAUUCCGCCCGAGAGUGAUGCUGAACAUCAAUAAUGUCGAGGAGAGUCUCCCAACCCGUAUCUUAGGUUUCAACUUCUCCGCACCGUUCUUCAUCGCUCCCGCAGCCCGAGCAGGCUACGCUCACCCCGAUGGCGAGAUGGCUUUGACACAAGGGGCUGCAGCAGGUAAUAUCCUCUACAUCCCUUCCGAUCUCUCCACCCGCACAAAAGCAGACAUCCAAUCCGCUCGCGCAACGGGACAAAUCAUGUUUCAACAACUCUACCUCGAUCCCCUCAACGGCACCAAAACUAUGCAACAAAUCCGACAAGCAGAAGAACUUGGUUUCAAUGCUCUAAUUGUAACGGUCGAUUCCCCAGCCGAUAGUAAUCGUCCCCGAGCAAUUCGUAUGGGAGUUGGGAGUGCAGAUGAUGCGUACACGAGUUUCACAUGGGAUCAACUGGAUGAAAUUCAAGCUCAGACUCAACUUCCUAUCAUUGCCCAAGGGAAUACAAACGUGGGAAGACGCGGUGAUUGGUGCGCAGAGGGGAUUGAAGGCGAUGUAUUUGAGUAA